AUGGCUGCUCCAGUUGUUCCCAGUAGCUUUCAGAUUACAAAGACCAAUGGAUAUCAGUCUGCCCAUUCCGAUGACAAGGAGCCACCGCCUAUCCGUCGAAGACGUCCUAGGUUAGUUGGAGCUUGGAAUGCUCUUAUCUCGCUGACGUAUUGGUCUCCUCUGAAGCUCGAGCUCAAUCUCGGACAAAUCAUAGUCUUAUCGGCGUACCUCGCAGCUGUACUCGUCUGCAUCGUAAAGGAUGCACCUCUUAUUUCUAAUCCGAACAGAGCUGGAUUUAUCGCUCUCGCACAGUUUCCGGUCGUCUUUUUGUUCGCAACAAAAAACACAAUUCUGUCCUCACUGUUAGGACCAGGGAAUGGCUACGAGAAACUCAACUUCAUGCAUAGGAUGGCGGGAAGAGCCAUGUUCUUCGGGUGGAUGCAUUCAUGGGUCCCUGUGGAUUCGCAAUCAUCUGCAGUAUGGACUUGCAAUUCUUGGUCCGCAGAAAGAGACUUCGGGAGUGGCUUCGCUGGCCCUCCUCUGCAUCAUCGUCUUUACGUCUUUGAGGCCAGUUAGGAGACUGUUUUAUACGUGUUUCUUCGUCGUCCAGUAAGGUUUGUUGCCUCACGUCGCACCACAGCUAACAUUUCUUGAAACGUUUUGACAUACGUGGCAUUCUUUGUCACCAUAUGCUACCAUACCUUGUUUGUAUCGCCGUGGAUAUUCCCUCCCCUUGCAUUUUACGGCGCAGAUGUUUUAUGACGCCUAUUCUGCUAUCGAAUCAAGGAUGCCACCCUCACUGUGCAGGACGCUCACAUGACAUUGGUAUAGUAUUCGAAUGUUAUUGGACGCACUGUUGACU